AUGACGGAAAGAAUCAUGAAGAUGGAGAAGGAUAGAAGGGGAAGUACGGGGGAGCUGGCGAUGUUCAUGAAAAGGAAGAGGGAAGGGGAGGGGGGAGAAUCGGAAGAUAGGAAGAUGGAAGAAACUUUUAGAAGAAGCAAAAAGACGUUAAGAUCACCUGUCAAAAUAGGGGAGGGAGGAGAGAUGAAGGAAAUAUUAGAGGAAUUAAAGGAAUUAAAGGAAAUGAGGGUAGAAAUGAGAGAGGGUUUGAAGGGAAUGAGUAAGGAGAUAAGAGCAGAGGAGGUAGCAGAGGGACAAAAGGAAUGGAUGAGAAAGGAAAUGGAGAAAGUAAAAGAAGAGUUAAGAGUGAAAGAAGAAAAAUGGCAGAGGGAAAAGGGGGAAAUGUUGGAGAGAUUAAAAGAGUUGGAAGGGGAAUUGGGGAAAAUGAAGAUGAAUCGGCUAGACAUUUUUGAAUUAAUAGAAACGCUAAGUUCAAGUACUGAUGAAUCAAACAAGGAAGAUGAGGACGUAUUAUUAUUUCCUUUGAUGCAUUACUUAAUGAAUGAUAGGCGAAGACAUCGUAUUGAAAAUUAUAUAGUAAUUGUUAAUUCCUGGACAGAUGAGGAAUUUAAAGAACAUUUGCGAUUAACUCGAUAUACUGCAACAAUUUUAAUUGAAGAGUUAGAAUUAUCAGGAUAUAUUCCAUCACAUUCUUUUAGCGUAAAACCGAUAUCAGCGAAGCUCAGUCUUUUACUAUUUUUAUGGUACAUUGCUAACACAGAACCACUGCGAACUAUGUCUGAUAGAUUUAAUAUUUCAAUCUCUUCGGUUUUUCGAGUUCUUCGACGGGUUGUAGCUUGGUUCUUAACAAAACUAGAUGCAGUCAUUAAAUGGUCACAAGACCGCGAAAUUAUGACUACAUGCGAAAAAUUUAGCAUGAAACGAGGAAUUAAAAAUGUUUUAGGUGCGAUAGAUAGUACUCAUAUUCAAAUUAUAAAACCUACUUGUAACGCACGAAAUUAUUGUAAUCGAAAAAAAUUUUUUUCUAUUAAUUUACAAGCUAUUGUAGAUGCAGAUAUGUGUUUUACUAAUAUAUAUUGUGGCGAACCUGGUUCUUUGCAUGAUGCACGCGUAUUCAGAAGAUCACUUUUAUAUGAAAUGGUGAUUCAAGAUAAAAAUUUAUUAUUUCCUAAUCAAACAUUUUUGUUAGGCGACUCGGCGUAUCCAUGUUUAUCGUGGCUUAUUCCUCCCUUCCGAGAUAACGGACACCUGACUCCUCGACAAACAGAAUUUAAUUUUAUGCACUCAUCUAUACGGAUAAUUGUUGAAAAAGCAUUUGGACAAUUGAAAGGACAUUUUCGUCGUAUCAAAUUUUUUACAGAAUAUCGUGACAUAACUUUUGUUACUAACACAGUGAUUGCAGCUUGCGUACUACAUAAUUAUUGCAUUGAUAAGAAUGACGUGUAUGAUUUUCCUGAAUAUAAUGAUAUUAAUAACAUAAAUAUAUAUAAUGAUGAGCUUAAUAUUCCUAAUUGUGAAGUACAAGGAGAUCGAUUAUCGGCAGAAAUUGAUGUUGAAGUAGAAGAGUCUAAAUUAGAUUUUGAAGUGAAAAGUUUUACCGAUGAAGUAGAAGGCUUUUUUGAUGAAAUUGUUGAUGAAGUAGAAGACUUUUUCGAUGAAAUUGUUGAUACAGCAGAAGGCUGUGACAUCAAAUGA